GGCACGUUCUCUGCUGACUUGUGUGUUGGAAACCUGCCAGUCAGUCUGCCCUCGACGCGACCUGUGACCCCCCUCUGAUGGGGGUGGGAUGGUCAAGGACACCUGGACUUUGUGCACCGGGGCCUCCGUGAUCUGCUCCGGGUGAAACCUGGAGCAGAGGGAAGGCAGUGCCAUCGGGUGAACAUGUUGAAGGCAAAGAAGUUCCUUCAUCCCCCUGAAGGAGGGUUCAGCUUUGAGAACUGCACCAGGAACACUGAGUUGGAGGGAGGCCUACAGAAGGUGGGCUUCAACCCUCCAAAACCAAAGAAGACAGGGACUACCAUUGCUGGUGUCAUCUUCAAGGAUGGGGUGAUUUUGGGAUCCGAUACCCGGUCAACAGAUGACAUGGUCGUGGCUGCAAAGGAUUGCAUCAAGAUACACUAUAUCGCUUCAAACAUUUACUGUUGUGGGGCAGGAGUGGCAGCUGACGCUGACAUCACAAUGAAUAUGAUCUCGUCCAACAUCCAGCUCCACAGCCUGUCGACCGGGCGCCAGCCUCGAGUUGCCACCGUAAACCGGAUGCUGAAACAGAUGCUGUUCAGGUACCAGGGGCACAUUGGACUGUCAGUGAUAGUAGGGGGCGUGGACUGCACAGGGGCCCACCUAUACGCCGUGUAUCCUCAUGGAUCCACAGACACACUGCCCUUCGCCUCCAUGGGGUCUGGGUCAGGGGCUGCCAUGGCCAUUUUAGAGGAUCAGUACAAGCCAAACAUGGAGGAGGAAGAAGCCAAGCAGCUGGUCCGUGAGGCCAUUUUAGCCGGGAUAUUCUGUGACCUCGGCUCUGGAAGUAAUGUCGAUCUCUGUGUCAUCACCAAAAACAAGGCUGAGUUUCUCCGUGCAUUCGAUUGCCCCAGCAAAAAGGGGGAGAGGAAGGGCGUGUACCGUUACAAACCAGGCACCACUGCCGUGCUGUCAGAAUCAGUCACUAAUCUGAAAGCUGAGCUGGUGGAGGAGGUUGUACAGAGGAUGGAUACCGAGUAACGAGUGGCAUCCCAUCCACCUUCCAGGAUCCAACAGGAGGAAUGUACUUCUCUUGGAAGCAGAUGCAUUUAAUGUUUGGUUGUAGAUUUUUUUAUCCCCCCACACGAUCACAGAUAGUUUCCCAAUCAAUUUUACCAUAGUAGUUACUGCAGGACUAAGGGCCUAAUGAAAUUGUGGGUUCUGCAACGUCAGCCUUCUACCAUAAAGGGCUGAUCAUCCAGUCUCUUCUCAUUAUCGGGGUCUCUGACCUCCCACCUGGUCAGCUCCAGGCCUCCCUUCUUUUUGCUCGUUUACUUGGCUAAUCCCAGAGUCUCUCACUGUGAUCUACACCAAGAUCACGGACUCCUCUUGGGACUUAUGAUUUCCUUCCGGGCCAGUCCCAGUUUCUCGCUCACCUUUUGGGCCAAUGCCAGGACCUUUGCUCUCCCUCCAGGCCAUCUCCUCGGCCAAUGCUGAGCCUCUAAAUUCCAAAAUCAGCUGCUCCGGGAGUCUCUGACGUCCCUCGUAGAGUUUCUGCCCACUCACCCACUACCAGCUCUACCACCGAUCUCACAAAGUGAACCAGUAAGGAGCCUGGAUUUGAGCAAUGGACUGCGGUUCAACAAGGGUGGUGAACUGAAGAAUAAACAAUUAGUACGGGCUAAACACUCAUGGGCAUAAUUCAACUGUUUUAAACGAAACAAAAAUGUUUCCUCUUGACUGCUUUUUUAAAAUAAAUUAUACCUAAUAAAA